GAGGGAAUGGUUCUGUCUUGCCUAGACCAAACAGCGAAGUGAAGGACACUGGUUUGACUGUUCGUAAUUUUGUUGAAUAAGGGUUUAGCUGUCCUUUGAAGUACAGCACAGGGCAUUUCACAUCGGAGUAGUGAUGGAAGAUCAACCGAAGGCGGAAGGCGAGGCGGAUAAGAAGAUUGUGCACGUGUACCCACUGGUAAAGUUUUCCGAUAUGAAUGACGAUGUCCGAGCCGAGGCGAUAGAAUUGAGCAUUACAGCGUGUGAGAAAUACGCGCAGAACUAUGAGGUUGCGGCCAAAACGAUCAAAGAGCUGAUGGAUAAAAAGUUUGGCACCUUCUGGCACGUGGUCGUCGGUGAAGGUUUCGGGUACGAGGUGUCCUACGAAACGAAGAAUCUGCUGUAUCUCUUCUUCGGCGGCAAUCUGGCGAUCGUGCUGUGGAAGUGUUCUUAGGGACAUCCCUCCUCGUCCCGUGUGAUAAGAGCGCCUGGUCUGCGUCUGGUUGACUCUCGGUUAACGAUGAGUUUAAUAUAAUUGUUUAAUAGCUUCUCAAAACGGGGUGCCUGUUCCUGAUCGUAAAGAUCGUCCUUCUUUCUUC